AUGAAAAAGUACGCUUAUGGCGGAGGAGGGCCAGGGCAGCAAGGCGGUGGCGGGGCUACAGAUAUUAGGCUGCAAGAUGGCCUAUACGAUGAUUUUGAUUCAUUGAAAAGUCGCAUAAUGGUUGCCGCUGGUGCAGGAGCCGCCGAUACCAAUGAUUUUGGAGAGCCUGGAGGAGCUUUGGUUGGAUACAAUAGCUCGCAAAAUCGUGGUAAAGGUGGCACUCAGAUAAGCUAUAUUAGUGGUCAUCAAGGAUGUAUAGCCAUUUUGGAAAAUUCAACGAAAUCAAAAAUUUAUUCGAAAACCGAUGGAGAUGUUUCAGUUCAUUAUUCUGGAUAUAAGUUUGAAAAUACACAGAUACUUGAUGGUAAAAAGCCUAUGAUAGCUCCAAAUGGAGAAUCGGAAGUCGGACAUUUUGGAAAUGGAUAUGCCAGAAUAAGUCUGAUCCAUCAAUUCGUUUCUGAUCAUUCAUGCAAUUAUAAUACUUGUUUUUUUUUUUAUGGUUUGAUUAUGAAUAAUUAG